CAAGGCCUCAUGGAUCCUUCCGGACGGCUUUUGUCUUGGGUGGGAGAAGAUUGCUGCAAAUGGAGUGGUGUAGGCUGCAACAACAUAACUGGACGUGUCAACAGGCUCGAUCUUCGCAAUCAUGAUUGGUAUCACGAUUUUUUUGAUAAUUACGGAGCAACAGAGCAUGCAUUUAGUGGUGAGAUCAACCCUUCUUUGCUUGUUUUGAAAGAUUUGGAUUACUUGGAUUUGAGCAUGAAUGACUUCAGAGGUGUCUUUCCAAGUUUCAUUGGAUCACUAGAGAAACUGAAAUACCUCAAUCUCUCUGGUUUAUCUUUUGUUGGAGUCAUUCCCCCCAAUCUUGGAAACCUCUCAAGGUUGCUUUAUCUUGAUCUUAAGAGUCUUGGAACUCUUGAGACUGACCUUCAGUGGCUUGCAACUCUUUCUUCCUUAAAGUACCUUAACUUGGAAGCAGUGAACCUUACUAAGACUACAUCCUAUUGGCUUCACGCUGUUAAUAUGCUCCCUUCACUUGUUGAAUUGCAUUUGCCCUCUUGUGGUCUUCCCAUGCUUCCUCUCACUCUUCCUUCCAUCAAUUUCACAUCCCUUUCAGUUCUUGAUCUCUCUGGCAAUAAAUUCACCUCCACAAUACCUCCUUGGUUGUUCAAUCUCACUAAACUAGAGAAUUUGGAUUUCGCAUAUAACAGUCUGACAGGAAAAUUGCCUGAUUCUUUGGGAUAUCUUAAAAGCUUGAGAUACCUCGAAUUGUUGGAUAACUCACUUGAGGGUUCAAUCCCAAAAUCGAUUGGAAAUUUAACAUCUCUGAAGGAGUUUAACCUUGAACAUAAUCAAAUGAGUGGGAUCAUCCCAGAAAGUCUUGGGGAGCUCUCAUCGCUGGUUUCACUUGAUAUCUAUAGCAACACAUGGGAAGGUGCCAUUACAGAAGCUCAUUUCGCGAAACUUGGAGGCCUAAGAGAAGUAUCAAUUGGAAAUUAUCCCCCAAACAUUUUGCUUUUCAACGUAAGUUCUAAUUGGAUACCUCCUUUCAAAUUAAUAUAUUUGUACAUUAGAUCAUGCCAACUGGGUCCCAAAUUUCCUACGUGGCUUAGAAAUCAGACUGAGUUGACCACAUUGGUACUCCGUAAUGCUAGGAUUUCAGGCACCAUACCAGAUUGGUUUUUGCAGUUGGAUUUGCAAUUAGAUGAACUAAAUUUCGCUAAUAAUCAACUAAGCGGCAAGGUGCCCAAUUCAUUAAGAUUCAGUUAUGGUUCCACUGUUGAUUUGACUUCAAACCGUUAUAAGGGCCCACUCCCACUCUGGUCCUCAAACAUUUCCUUUCUGUAUCUUAGAGAUAAUCUAUUUUCAGGGCCAAUUCCUCAUAACAUUGGUCAAGUGAUGCCCAAUUUGACAUAUCUAGACAUUUCUACGAACACUUUGAGUGGAAGCAUUCCCUUGUUCUUGGGUAAUUUAAGCCAAUUGCAAUUCAUAUUGAUCUCAAAUAACCUCUUGUCUGGUGAGAUUCCUCAUUUUUGGAACAAUAUGCCAUCAUUGCGUUGUAUAGACUUGUCAAACAACAGUCUCUCUGGCACAAUCCCAAGAUCUUUAGGCUCUCUUACUUCACUCGAGUUCUUGGGCCUCUCCAGCAACAACUUUUCAGGUGAAGUUCCUUUCUUGAAAAACUGCACUUACCUGAAUAUUCUUGAUCUUGGUGAUAACAAGUUUUCUGGACCGAUUCUGGCUUCCAUCGGAGAAAGCAUGCCCAAUUUACAGAUUCUAAGCUUGAGGUCCAACUCAUUUACGGGAUGCAUCCCUUUAAGUUUAUGUGGCCUUUCUGCUCUCCAUAUAUUGGACUUCUCACACAACAAUCUUUCCGGAAAUAUUCCCCACUGCGUAGGUGAUUUGAGUUACUUGAAAUCUGAGUCCACUGACUAUUAUCCCUAUGGUUACUUGGGAAGAUUUGAGUUGGUGUCAAAAGGAAGAGUGUUGGUAUAUGAUUAUAUCUCCAUCCUUUACCUUGUUACUAGCAUUGAUCUCUCGGACAAUAAAUUGUCAGGAGAGAUACCUAUGGGCCUAACAAGCCUUAUAAACUUGGGCACCUUAAAUUUGUCCAUGAAUCAUUUGACAGGAAAUAUCCCAGCAAAUAUCGGAAACUUGGAGUCUAUAGAAACUCUUGAUCUAUCAUUGAACAAACUUUCAGGUUCAAUUCCACAGAGCAUGGUUAAUUUAACAUUUUUGAAUCAUUUGAAUCUGUCAUACAAUAACUUGUUUGGGAAAAUUCCAAUGAGUAACCAGUUUCAGACCUUUGUUGAUCCGUCAAUUUAUGAGGGCAACCCCGGUCUUAGCAGUUGUCCAUUACCAAUUGUUUGCCAAGACAACGAAGGAGCACCUCAAGUUCCAAGUGGAGAUGGAGGAGAGGAUGAUGACAGUAAACUUGAAAAGCUACAGUUCAUCAUCAGCAUGGUGAUAGGUUUCUGUGCAGGGUUCUGGGGAGUUUUUGGGACUUUGGCCAUGAAGAGGUCUUGGAGGCUUGCCUAUUUUCACUUCCUUGACAAAGUGAAAGAUGCUGUCCUUGAUUUUUUCUCAGCCAUUGGUACUUAUCUGCAGAAAAGAUCCUAGAGCAUAGAAGAAGCUGCACAUGCUAAGGCAUAUGUAUGCAAGCAAAUAAAGCAAAGUUUAGAAUUGUCCUUUACAAUUUU